AUGGGCGACAGCGCUAACCACCUGCCCUUCUUCUUCGGCAACAUCACCCGGGAGGAGGCAGAAGACUACCUGGUCCAGGGGGGCAUGAGCGACGGGCUCUACCUGCUGCGCCAGAGCCGCAACUACCUGGGCGGCUUCGCCCUGUCGGUGGCACACGACCGGAAGGCGCAUCACUACACCAUUGAGCGUGAGCUGAACGGGACCUACGCCAUCUCGGGCGGCAGGGCCCACGGCAGCCCCGCCGAGCUUUGCCACUACCACUCCCAGGAGCUGGAUGGCCUCAUCUGCCUCCUCAAGAAGCCCUUCAACCGGCCACCCGGGGUGCAGCCCAAAACCGGCCCCUUUGAGGACCUGAAGGAGAACCUCAUCCGGGAGUAUGUGAAACAGACAUGGAACCUACAGGGUCAAGCUCUCGAGCAGGCCAUUAUCAGCCAGAAACCUCAGCUGGAGAAGCUGAUCGCCACCACAGCCCAUGAAAAAAUGCCCUGGUUCCACGGAAAAAUCUCUCGGGAUGAAUCUGAGCAGAUCGUCCUGAUAGGAUCAAAGACAAAUGGAAAGUUUUUGAUCAGGUCCAGGGACAACGGGUCUUACGCCCUGUGCCUGCUGCACGAGGGGAAGGUGCUGCACUACCGCAUUGAUAAGGACAAAACGGGGAAGCUCUCCAUCCCUGGUGGGAAGAAUUUUGACACACUCUGGCAGCUUGUCGAGCAUUAUUCUUAUAAGUCAGAUGGUUUGUUAAGAGUUCUUACAGUUCCAUGUCAAAAAUUUGACGGGCAAGUGGGAAAUAUUAAUUUCCGUCCACAACUUCCAAGUUCCCAUCCUGUGACUUGGUCAGCGGGUGGAAUAAUCUCAAGAAUCAAAUCAUACUCCUUCCCAAAGCCUGGCCACAGAAAGGGCUCCUCAUCCCAAAAGCCAGAAAGUUCGGUGACGUUCAACCCUUAUGAGCCAGACCGAGGGCCCUGGGCCAACGAAAGAGAAGCCCAGAGAGAAGCCUUGCCCAUGGACACCGAGGUCUAUGAAAGCCCCUAUGCAGACCCCGAGGAGAUCAGACCCAAAGAGGUCUACCUGGACCGGAAGCUGCUGACCCUGGAGGACAAGGAACUGGGCUCUGGGAACUUUGGAACGGUGAAGAGGGGCUACUACCAGAUGAAAAAAGUUGUGAAAACAGUGGCUGUGAAGAUCCUGAAAAACGAGGCCAAUGACCCCGCUCUUAAAGAUGAGUUAUUAUCAGAAGCAAACGUCAUGCAGCAACUUGACAACCCUUACAUUGUGCGCAUGAUUGGGAUAUGCGAAGCCGAGUCCUGGAUGCUGGUUAUGGAGAUGGCGGAACUUGGUCCACUCAACAAAUAUUUACAGCAGAACAGGCAUGUCAAGGAUAAGAACAUCAUAGAGCUGGUUCAUCAGGUGGCUAUGGGAAUGAAGUAUUUGGAAGAGUGCAAUUUUGUGCACAGAGAUCUGGCUGCAAGAAAUGUAUUGCUGGUUACUCAACAUUAUGCCAAGAUCAGUGAUUUUGGACUUUCCAAAGCACUUCGUGCUGAUGAAAACUACUACAAGGCCCAGACCCACGGGAAGUGGCCCGUGAAGUGGUACGCUCCGGAAUGCAUCAACUACUACAAGUUCUCCAGCAAGAGUGACGUCUGGAGCUUUGGAGUGUUAAUGUGGGAAGCAUUUUCCUACGGGCAGAAGCCGUAUCGGGGAAUGAAAGGCAGUGAAGUUUCUGCUAUGCUGGAGAAAGGAGAGAGGAUGGAGUGCCCUCCAGGGUGUCCAAGAGAGAUGUACGAGCUGAUGACCCUGUGCUGGACCUACGACGUGGAGAACAGGCCCGGAUUUGUAGCAGUGGAACUGCGGCUGCGCAAUUACUACUACGAUGUGGUCAACUAA